UUACACGGUACGAACCAGCCUGACGUCAUGGCGGCUUGUCGUCAACUGGCGACAGCGCGCAGCUAGAUUUUUGGUAUGUGACAUUCGCGGAGCGAUGGAUAACGGUGAAUCGACGUCAACGUCAAAUGGAAAUGCGAGUGAAGCUAGCACGGCUACACCGAAGACAAAUGCGAACGCCGAGCCGUACUGCGAAAAGUAUUACUCCCUGCUCAAGCGAUACAACGCCAUCCAAAAGCAAAACUACCAUCUCAUGUACCGGAUACAGCGGGUCAAGAAGCUUACGACAAGAUUGACAAAGGAAAAAAGGUUUCUUACACAACGGCUCAACAACUACAAACAAGAAAAACAAGCAGCCAUGUCCAUGACGCAGUAUGCUAUGGAUGACAGGCAGUUCAGAAGGAUCAAGCAAGAGCCCAUGGAUCCGCAGGCACACCACGUAGUCAACGAAUACCUGUGCCGAAAAAGGAAGGAGAAGUGCAUCAAGACCAGUUGACAUCUGCAUCCAGAGAGUUCUUUCCCUGCCCACAGCAUUACCGCUUCAAACAUUUUGUGCACCUGAACUGCCUGCUGUGCACCUCAUUCUCGACACCUGCCCUGUGCUUCGACUUCUUCAGGGAAUGGCAGAAAGAUGUGUGCUUGUGACAUUCUGUUUGUUGACGGCUCAUGUGACUUUUUCAACCAUCAUUCACCCCUUUCAUCUUCUUAAUCAUUUUUUUUUUUCCUGACAAGGAGACAUCGCUGUUGUGCAGUGCUCAAAAAUACUGUGUUUGUGUUACACUGAAGAUCUACAGAGUUGGAUCAGGAUUGUGAUUUCAUUCAUCUGCAUCAAUUUGCAUCUGCUGCACUGAAAGACUUUUCUGGGAGGUUCAGUGUUCUCUAUAAUGCUUUGUCAUUAUGCUUGUGCAGACAUAGCACAACGUAAAACUAAUUGUGAUUUGAUUUAUGUAUGUAAUUGUGUGUGUUCACUUUCUGUGUGUUGGUGUAAUAUCAUUUUCUGUCCGUCAGACACACAGAGCACUACCAUGCAUGUUAGAUUCUAUUGUACAUAGAAAUUCUAGUUUUUGUGAUGUCAUCUGAAGUGCUUGUACUGUGGCUACUGUAACAUGUUUUGCACCAACGCGCAUACUGAGGCUGCACACGAACACGCAUACUGGUGCUCAAGUAACAUCACAGAAUUCGUAUUACGGGACUACAAAUCCGUGAACUCAAUAAUUUCUCCAUAGGCAUUGCAGUCCUCUCCACAAGUAGACCAGGCAUUAGCAUAUCAACUGUUAUUGUUUCUUUGCAGUUACAUUCUUUUGCUCAUUAUCUAUGUCAACGUUUGUUUCAUACCCGUGCCACACGGGCACAGUAACUGGCAUUCAGUAGCUAAGCCCUUAAGAUUUAAUGUCAUUUGCGUGGUGCCACACGGGAAAAUCAAAUGGCAUUCGCCUUAAUGCCAUUCGUCACCGAAGGCAUUUGCCAGAACUCAUUCGACUGAGAACUGCGUACUCCCGAUGCCAUACCUUGCUCAGUUCAGUAUAAUUGAAGUAUUUGAAACAGUCUCUACCAUGUAAAAAGUAAUUUAUACAUAGCUUUCAACUACAACACUCCUGCAAGGAGUUUACUUGGUGAACUUCCUCAGGUCAGCGUUGCAACGGGCUUCAGCGGUCCAAGCGCCAUUUUGAUUUUGGGCUUCGGAAUUGGACUCGCAAUGGCCUAGGUUGCUAUCUGUUGCAAUAUUGUAAAAUACAGCAACAAACUAAAGCUAGCGGCACCACAGUAUGCUUCUUUCGACAUUUCACUAGUUUUGAAAGCAGAUUAUACUUGUAAAUGCAUGUUUAUUUUUUUUUUAUUACCCUAAGAUUGCUCACAUCAGAAGACACUGGAAUCGACAUCAUCGGGUCAAAUGUCACUAAAUUUGGACGUGUGGCAGCUCCGUCGAAAAAAAAUGUCAUUCAGGAACCUAAAGCCUUAACUACUGAAUGCCAUUUUCUGUGCCCUUGUGGCACGACUAUUAGACAGCUUGCCACACCCCUACCAUCCAAGGUGUAGUUUGAGCAUGUUGUGUCAUAUGAAUAGGUUUCAUGUGAUUGCGUUUCAAGAUUGCCCAAUACCAUCCUGGCAAUGUGGCAGCUUGAUGAGAAUGGCAAUACCACUACCGUACAUAUUAAAUGUUGUAUAAUGUUUAACUGUUUAUUCUGUAAUGAGUUUAGAUAUUUAAAACCAUCGUGCAACCGCAAAAUAGCAGCCAUGUGGAGCACGGGCAUCUGUUACCAUGCAUCACUCUGUUAACGCGAGAGCGUUAAGGGCCCCGUAUCGCAGAAAAUCUGGCAUUGACGUUAAGCAUCAGUGUCUGGCGGAAAUAAUCAUGCCGAACCUCAUCAUCCUGAACCACCCCAACCAGGCGGGCCCUUCAUGUGGCGCAAGGUGUUAGUGAACAAAAAUUGAAUUUCUCAAAGUAAAAUCUGUUGGAAAAAUCGUAAAGUACGACUUAACCACAACGUACAGACGUGAUAACGUCGGAUUGUAAUUUGACUAUACGAGAAAAAAUCCUGAUAAGCAGCCAGGGAUCUUUGAAUGCUAUCGCGUUCCACUCUUAAAGGUGAAGCUUAAGCGUCCUCCAAUUUUGAUGGUGUUUCGCUGUACUUAGGUUCUAGGCAACAUUGAGGGGAAUGUUGACAACCGAGCCUUUCUAAAUUUUGAUCGGGCUCUAUGUCGAAGAAAAUACGGUGUCAGCAUCAACGGCGCCCAAUAACGCUAUCGUGUUCCACUCUUAAAGGUGAAGCUUAAGCGUACUCCAAGUUUUUUGAAGCUUAAAUAGCCAAGGACUGAAGAAAACCACAGUGGCAGCUUUCCUCUAUUGUCAUUAUCAUGGUAACCUUUAUAAAAUGCACAUUUUCACACUUAAACAGGAGAGCCGCGCAGUUGCUUUGAAUAAUAGUACUACUAACAGUGCUGUUUUUGUUGUGCUGGUUUUUCUUUUUUUCUUUCAGGUUUAAAGGCAACAUUCAACAAUGUUAAAUCCACUGGAGCAGCUUUUAGGUGUAACUGCAGUGUAGGACAUCAUUCUAUAGCAUGCGCAACACAACACAUGGAGUUGCAGUUAUCUAUGAAUAGCUUCUGUAAAAGUUUGUUAUAUAAAUGUUAAUUUCAAGCCUGAUGAAAAGUGAGGACAUCAAAUCCAACCUGGCUGUUGCUCUUGAAUGUGAAAAUGUGCACCUUUUGUGAAGACCACCAGGAUAAGCCCAAACAAACAUUAAUAUUAAAGCUUGUGCAUUUUGAAUUCGUAUGUUAACCUAUAAUUAUUGUUUUUCUUUUGCUGCGACUGCUGCAUGUGAUGACAGGGUACUAUGUGCGUUGUAGUACCUGUAGUACUACGUAAACAUUGUCGCUUAGUGUACGUCAAAUAAAAUUCCUGCGAUUUUCGUUCGACCAAUGAUAACUGUGAUUGCUCUAGGUAAAUAAAAUCAAGCGUCUGCUACC